AUGAGCAUCAAGAACAUACCCACACUCCAGCAGCUGGCAGUGCAGAGCCUGCUGAGCAACCAGGCCUUGGCCAUCUCUGCCCUGGAGCCCAUGCCCACAAAUUUCUUCCCACCGCUGUUCAAGGAGGCCUUCGACGGUAGACACCUGGGACUACUGAAGGCAAUGGUGGCAGCCUGGCCCUUUGCUUGCCUCCCUGUGGGGGCCCUGAUGAAGAUCCCCGAUGUGGAGGCAUUGCAAGCUGUUCUGGAUGGCCUAGACAUGCUGCAGUCACAGAAGGUUCGUCCCAGACGGUGGAAGGUACAAAUCCUUGACUUGAGGAAUGUGCACCAUGAUUUCCUGGGUGUAUGGACUGGACCACAGGAAGGAGCCGACUCAACAGAGACUGGGAGUGAGAAGCAAAUAGGGAGGGACCUUCCUAGAUACGCGCUGAGGCCGCGUUUGAAGGUGGUCACUGACCUUAGCUUCAGGUUCCAGCUGAAAGAACACCAAACAUGCUUGUUGCAGUGGGCCCAGCAGAGAAAAGGCUCUGUGCGGCUGUGCUGUCUGAGGAUGACUAUUUGUGCCCUCCCUGUGGAGAUUGUCAAGAAGGUCUUGGACAUUUUCCAUCCACACUAUAUCGAGGAAUUGGAACUAUUCACAAACCAGGUUCUGCCCUUCCUGGGUCACUUUGCAUCUUGCCUUGGCCGUAUGAGAAAUCUUCGUAAAUUCCAUAUAACUCAGAUCUACUUGAGCACAGACAGCGUUGUAUGUCCUACUUUGACAUACACAGAGGAGAAGUGUGCUAUCAAGUUCCUUUCUCAGUUCUCCAAACUCAACUGUCUCCAGCAUUUCUCUAUACAUGGAGUCUCCUUUUCCUCUGACCUCAUGAAACAGUUGUUCCGAUGCCUGAAGACCCCCUUGGAGUCCUUGUGUAUCACUCUUUGUCAGCUCUCACAGUCAGACCUGAAACACUUGUCACAGUGUCAGAGGCUCUGUCACCUGAAACACCUAAACCUCAAUGGUGUAGAGUUAUCCGAGUUACGUCCCAUACAUCUCCGAGUUCUCCUAGAGAAUGUAGCAGACACACUGCAGAACUUGGAGUUAAUGCAGUGCAGGAUGAAGGACUCUCAGCUCAGUGCCCUCUUGACUGCCCUGAGCCAGUGCUCCCAGCUCACCAGGGCCAAUUUCUAUGAUAAUAACUUGUCCGUGGCUGUACUGAAGGACCUUCUGCAAAGCAUGGCCAAUCUAAGCAAGUUGACUGUAGAGCUCUACCCUGCCCCUCUAGAGUGCUAUGAUCGCCAGGGUUAUAUCCUAGUGGAGAAAUUUACCCAAGUAUGUCCUGAGCUCCGGGAUAUAGUCACUUCCCAAAGGCAGCCCAAUACAGUAGUCUUUGCUACACGCUACUGCCUUGAAUGCUACAGGCGCUGUGUUUAUGACAUGGAGAGCACACUUUGUUGGUGUUGGCAAUAA